AUGAAUAUCGAAGGUCAUGUCAGAAACUUUGAAGCAUAUGAACUACCAGCAAUGUUAGAUAAAAAAGCAGACAAAGAACAUACACAUAAAUCCUUCACUACUGUUAGAGCAGACGACAUAAUAUUGAACUAUACCCUCGGUUCAAGUGCACCUUUAGAGAAUCCGUGUACAAGCGUAAAAGAUACUCUUAACAAUUUAGAUAACAGAUGUAUGAACAUUGAAGGUCAUGCCAGAAACUUUGAAACACAUGAACUACCAGCAAUGUUAGAUAAAAAAGCAGACAAAACUUAUGUAGAUGAAAAUUAUGCAAAGAAGUCGGAAGUAAAUGCUGCGCUUAAUGGAAAAGCCGACAAGAACCAUACACAUGAAGAAUUUCAAACAAUCAAGAUUAAAGAAAUUAAAGCAUGCAUCAAAAUAGUAACAAAAACAGGAAGAAACGGUGCAACUGUACAAGAACAAAGAAUUUAUCCUCCUACUUUUCCUAAUGGUUUAAUAACAAACAAUAUAAAUAUUGUAGAUGGCAAAGGAUUUAUAAAUGUUAAACAUGAACUUCAAACAAUGAAGACUCAGAUUCUUGAAACCAUAUAUCCUAUAGGCUCUAUUUAUACGUCAAUGAACUCAACAAAUCCAGAAACAGUUUUAGGUUUUGGUACGUGGGAACAGAUUGUAGACAAAUUCUUAUACUGUGCUAACUCUUCAAAGCAAACGGGGGGUUCGAAGAAAAUUAAAGAAGCAAACCUUCCACCGCACACUCAUACUGGAACUACAAACACAACAGGUAAUCAUUCACAUUCAAUAACAAAAAGAGGUUAUACAAAUCUUGCAGCAGGUUCGGAUAGACAGGGAAUGCAUAGAUAUGAUAUUUCAAGUGACCCAGUAGAUUCAAGCGCAGGUAUUUUCUGUGGAACCACAGGAAAUCAUUCACACACUUUCACAACAAAUCCAACAGGCUCGGGUGCAGAUUAUAUGCCACCAUUUGUGACUAUAUUCGCAUGGUACCGCGUUCAAUGA